AUGUCCAAGCGACAGGCUUUUGAGCCUCUUGAACAUGUCCUCGAUGCGCCGUCGCCAGCUUCGAAACGAGCGCGAGUAGACGAUGUCGACAUGGACAGCCCUCAGAUAAAUGGCGCGCCAACCAACGGACGACUCAUGUCUCCGCGACUGCAAGACCAGGAAAAGAUCGACAUCCUAGGCGCAGAUGAAGAAGAGCACGCGGAGCUCGAGGAAGCUGGAGCGCUGGACGAUGCCGACGACGACGAGUCCACAAUGGCUGCGCCGAAACGACAGACUGCGCCUGAAGCUGGUUACACCGACCUGUACCUCGAUACGAUCAACCGCAAAGUACUCGACUUCGACUUCGAAAAGCUGUGCUCCGUCACACUGUCCAACAUCAACGUCUACGCCUGUCUCGUCUGCGGAAAGUACUUUCAGGGUCGAGGACCGAGGUCGCAGGCGUAUUUCCAUGCGCUGGAAGAAGGUCACCACGUAUACGUUAAUAUGGAAACGAAGAAAGUCUACGUAUUACCAGAAGGAUAUGAAGUGAAGUCCAAAUCACUCGACGACAUCAAAUUCGUGGUGGAUCCGCGCAUGAACAAGGCAGAAGUAGCGCGGUUGGAUAGGGAGCCAAAGGUAUCAUGGGACCUCUUCAACAGAGAGUACAUACCAGGCUUCGUGGGCAUGAACAACAUCAAAGCGAACGACUACUUCAAUGUAGUAGUGCAAGCAUUGUCGCACGUUGUUCCUCUGCGAAAUUACUUCAUGCUCGAAGAUCUCUCGUCAAGACCGCAAAUCGCGCAACGGUUCAGCACUCUGGUUCGAAAGAUAUGGAAUCCCCGCGCGUUCAAGACUCAUGUAUCACCACAUGAGCUGCUGCAAGAAAUCGCCCUGCGGUCUUCGAAGCGCUUCAGCCUGAGCGAGCAGUCAGACCCAGUCGACUUCCUGUCUUGGUUCCUCAACAACCUCCACUUGGCUGUUGGAGGCUCAAAGACUAGACCAGGGUCCAGUAUCGUACAGAAGGUCUUUCAGGGAACACUAAAGAUCGAGUCACAAGAAAUCACAGCCCGUGCAGAUGCCGGAGAUCGUCUGAGGUUCGAGGACGCUGCAGUCAAAUCAAAUGUUUCCAAAUUCUUGGUCCUUACGCUAGAUUUGCCAGCUGCACCACUCUUUCAGGACGCCUUGGAGAAGAACAUCAUCCCUCAGGUGCCAUUGACAACUAUCCUCAACAAAUACAACGGCAUACAACCACAAGAGAAGAUGAAGGAUCGAGUGCGAUACCGCCUCUUACACCCUCUGCCACCCUACCUGCUCUUCAACAUCAAGCGGUUCAGCAAGAACAAAUUUGUCUCGGAGCGCAACCCAACCAUUGUCACGUUUCCAGUCACAUCUCUGGACAUGUCGCCCUAUGUAGAGCCCAAUCCCAAGGAAUACCCACCUGGCGAGCCAAUCUACUACGACCUCGUUGCCAACAUCACACACGAAGCCGUCAAGAAGAAGGACGACAGCGUAGAAGGAGAACAAGAAUCGAAGGUGUGGAGAGUACAGCUCAAAGACAGGAGUCGGGACGACUGGUACGGUAUUCAGGAUCUCUUCGUAGAGAAGGAGCAAGGCGAAACACUGUUCACAAAAGAGGCGUAUGUCAUGGUGUGGGAGCGGCGGAGAGCGAAGCCGGCUGCCAAUGGCAAUGGCAAGGGUAAGGUUUGA